GGAAAAUGUGGACUUUGGUUCUGGUGUGCCUAGCCUUUGGGUUACAAGCUGAUGGUGGCGAAAUGAAUCUCGAGCGGUACCUACGAAUUCACGACCAGUUCUUUGGGCAGCCUCAGAACUAUCAAGGCAUUGAUAGGUCAGAAACACAGCCAAUGGGGCUGAGUCGAUAUUACCAGGAGCCUCACAUCGAGGUGCAGAAGAAGAAUGGCGAUAUUCAUUACCACAAGCACGAGCACGUUCACGACCAUCAGCAUAAACAGGGGCACAUGCACAAGCAUGAGCAAAUCCAUGAGCACAAGCACGAUCAUCAGCAAAAGCAUGCGCACGAUCAUCACGAGGAGAAUAACCAUGGCCACAAGCACAGCCAUGACCAUCACCAAGAGCACAAACACGGGCACGACCAUGGACACGAGCACAAGCACGAGGAGUGGGGGAAGCACAGUCACAAACACGAGCACGGUCAUAAACAUCAAGCGAACGCAAAUCACAAGCACAAAUACUACAAACAUUAAAUGAAAAGGUCGAUGACGUUUCCAAAGAUUUUUAGCUUAAAAAAACGGCACAGAAGUGCUCAUUUAUAAUUACGCGAAGAAACACACCCAUUCUCCUUUAUUAGACAGUCGCGUAAUACGGCGCCAAGUUUCAUCCACUUCCUUUUUUGAUUAUUAUCCCAAUAAGGAACGAAUCGCCGCGCCGUUCGACUUUUAUCUCAGAAAAACUGCAUCUGUCACGGACUAAUUUAAUUUGUUGAAUUGCGACACGAGUUUGUUUUUGUUGUUAUAAUAGUUAUAAAAUUCU